AUGGCCGAGAAAACAAAGAAAUCUGGAGGUGGCUUAGCAGGUAUAGUUGCUGGUGAUAGUGCUAUUUCUACAGUUGGUAUUGGUAUGGGUUUAAACUAUAGAGGAUAUGACAUUGUAGACCUUGCAAAGAACUCUACUUUUGAAGAUGUUGCUUACCUUAUUCUUUUUGGAAAACUUCCCACUUCAAAAUAGUUGGAAGAAUUUUUGGAUUAAAUUGUAAAAGCAAGAUAUCUUCCUGCUUAGUUGAAAGAAAUUCUCGAAAGAAUUCCUGUUGAUGUUCAUCCUAUGGAUAUGAUGAGAACUGUUAGUUCAUUCCUAGGUUUGAUUGAGCCAGAAACAAAAGAAAAUGACUAAUAUAAAGUAGCAAUUAGAUUAUUAGGUAUUUUUGGUCCUGCCAUGGCUUAUUGGUACCACUUUGCUCAUAGUGGAGUUAGAAUCAACGAGCAAACUGGUCCUAAAGACACAAUUGCUUGUAACUUAGUUAAGCUUUUGCACCUUAGUCAAACUGCUGAUCCUUUAAUAGUUAGAGCUGUUGAUGUUUCUUUAAUCCUCUAUGCAGAACAUGAUUUCAACGCUUCAACUUUUGCAGCAAGAGUUACUGUAAGUACUUUGGCAGAUUUCUACUCUGGCAUAACAACUGCAAUAGGUACUUUAAGAGGUCCCCUCCAUGGUGGCGCCAACGAAGCUGUCAUGCAAUAUUUAGAAAAUAUUCGUAGUAUUGAAGAAGCUAAUUCCUUUUUAACUGAAUCUUUUAAAUCUAAGAAGUUGAUCAUGGGUUUUGGUCAUAGAGUUUAUAAGAAUGGAGAUCCUCGUAGCGACAUUAUUAAAGAAUACAGUAAGCUUUUAGCUGAAAAAUAGCCUAAGUUUGGCAAGAAAAUCCUUUAUUAAAUAAGUGAACAUAUUGAAACCAGAGUAGUAAAUGAGAAAAAGAAAUUCCCUAACUUAGAUUUUUACUCUGCUUCUACCUAUCACUAAUGCGGAAUUCCUACUGAAUUAUUUACUCCCAUCUUUGUCAUGUCUAGAGUAACUGGUUGGGCUGCACAUAUUUUUGAAUAAAGAGCAAACAAUAAGCUUAUCAGACCAACCUCUAACUACACUGGUCCUUAAAAGCUUUCAUUUGUUCCCUUAAAUCAAAGACUUUGA